AACUCGUGUGCGCGCGACGAUCUCACCCUGUUCUCCAACCUGUACCCCCUCGGUGUCGUCACCUGUUCCCUUGGGUUGGCAUACUUUGGACUCUUCCUUCCGGCCACCCUCUCCGGCUCGGCACAGUCUCCAACAUGUCCAACAAACAUCUCUUCUCCUCGCUCGACGGCCUCGUGCCCAAAGCCCUCCGGGGCAUCGUGGCCAGCAACCCACGUCUCAACCUCGACGAGACCAACAGGGUCGUGUUCGACCCCACCUCGCCGCGCUCUACCGUCAGCAUCGUCAGCGGAGGCGGCUCCGGCCACGAGCCAGCAUGGUCGGGGUACGUGGGCACCAACAUGCUCGCUGCCGCCGUGCAGGGUGACGUCUUUGCCUCGCCCAGCACCAAGCAGAUCCUGGCCGCCGUCGACGCCGUCCCCUCCGACAAGGGAACUCUUCUCGUCAUCACCAACUACACAGGCGACUGCCUCCAUUUCGGACUGGCCGCCGAAAAGACCAAGGCGAAGGGCCGAGCAUGCCGGAUGCUGACCUGCGGCGAUGACGUCUCCAUCGGGAAGAAGGGCGGCUCGCUCGUCGGACGGCGCGGCCUGGCCGGGCAGAUUGCCGUGCUCAAGAUCCUCGGGGCCGCCGCGGCCCAGGGGGCGUCGCUGGACGAGCUCUACGACCUGGGCACCGCCGUCAACGGGCAGAUCGUCAGCAUCGCCGCGACGCUCGACCACUGCCACGUCCCCGGCCGGACGGAGCACGGCGCGCUGGGCGAAAACGAGAUUGAGAUCGGCACGGGGCCGCACAACGAGCCGGGAUACCGAAAACUGUCGCCCGCGCCGACCGCGGACGCGCUCGUGAAGCAGAUCCUCACGUACUGCCUGGACGAGACGGACUCGGAGCGGGGCUACGUGCACUUCAAGCCCGGGGACGAGACGGCGCUGCUGGUCAGCAACUUCGGCGGCAUGUCCAACCUCGAGCUCGGCGGGCUCGUCGACGAGCUGCUCCGGCAGCUGCUGGACGACUGGCACAUCGAGCCCGUCCGCGUGUACGCCGGCUGCCUGGAGACGUCGCUCAACGCGCCGGCCUUCUCGGUGUCGGUCGUCAACCUCUCCGGCGUGGCCGCCGCCAGCGCGUAUUCCCUGGAGCAGAUCAAGCAGUUCCUCGACGUCAAGACGGACACGGCGUGGGAGGCCGUGGCCGGGGCGCAGCGCCAGCCGCCGCAGCAGCGGCGGAAGCGGGCCGAGCAGCUAGUCCGGCCACCGCCGCCGACGAUCAAGGCCGCCCCCGACGAGGCGCGAGACCUCAGGAUCGACCCGGCGCUGCUGGAGCGCAUGCUGCGCGGGGCGUGCGAGGCGCUGGUGGCGGCCGAGCCCGACCUGACGCGGUGGGACACGGCGAUGGGCGACGGCGACUGCGGGCUGACGCUGCAGACGGGCGCGUUCGCGCUGCUGGACGCGGUCAACGGCGCGGCGGACGGCCGGAGGAUCGCGGCCCGCGGCUCCGUCGUCGAGGUGCUCGCCGAGCUGGAGGACAUCGUGGAGAGCCGGAUGGGCGGCACGCUGGGCGGCAUCCUGGGCAUCUUCUUCGUGUCGCUGCGGGCGGCCGUCGAGGAGAGCUGCGCGCGCGGCCGCGCCGCCGCCGCCGCCGGAGGGCCCCUGGCGGUGUGGUCCGAGGCGCUGGCCACCGCGCUGCGCCAGCUCGAGCAGUACACGCCCGCCAAGGUCGGCGACCGCACCGUCAUGGACACGCUGAUCCCGUUUGCCGAGACCAUGCGGGCGCGGCAGAGCUUCGAGGCUGCCGUCGCUGCUGCCGUCGAGGGUGCCGAGUCGACCAGGACGCUGAAGCCGAGGCUGGGGAGAGCGACCUACGUGGGUGUGGGCGCCGAAGGCAAAGACCUGCCGCCCGAUCCGGGGGCCUGGGGUGCCAUGGUCGCCAUCAGGGGUUUGCAUGCUGCCAUGUAGUUACCUGUCUACCUACAAUGUAUUCUGUGCAACGCUGGGGAAGAAAUUCGCCCGUUCUCAGCACUGAGGGUUCUGGAGGCCUACAGAUCGCGUGUAACUAGAAUAUGCCGGCGGUGGAAAU